GACGUUGAGGGGGUGGGGGUCCGCGCCUCGCGACGCGAAGCAUUGUGGGGCGGAGGCGGCCUUCUCUCUUUUGAGACAGGCAGGAAUUGCUGAAGUAGAUAUCAAAGGCAGGGCACUUACAUUAUUUAAUAUUCCUGUGACAUUGAUAACGUAACUAUAACUCUAAGCCUCCGUUUCGGAAGAUAUGGGGCAGGAGGAGCUCAUGAGUCAAGCUGAAGAUGUGGCGGACCAGUUCUUGCGGGUGACGAAGCAGUACUUGCCUCACCUGGCUCGGCUGUGUCUAAUCAGUACCUUCCUGGAAGAUGGGAUCCGCAUGUGGUUCCAGUGGAAUGAGCAGAGAGACUACAUUGAAGCCACGUGGGGUUGUGGCUACUUCCUGGCCACGUGCUUUGUGCUGCUCAACCUGACAGGACAGCUUGGUGGAUGUGUCCUCAUUCUCAGUAGAAAUUUUGUGCAGUAUGCCUGCUUUGGAUUAUUUGGAAUCAUAGCCCUACAGACAGUUGCGUACAGCAUUUUGUGGGAUGUGAAAUUUCUGAUGAGGAACCUUGCUCUGGGUGGUGGACUCCUGUUGUUAUUAGCGGAGUCUCGUUCAGAAGGAAAGAGCAUGUUUGCUGGUGUCCCCUCCAUGGGGGAGAGCUCGCCAAAGCAGUACAUGCAGCUGGGAGGCAGGGUCCUGCUGGUGCUGAUGUUCAUGACCCUUCUGCACUUUGACCCCAGCUUUUUCUCUAUCCUCCAAAACAUGGUGGGCACAGCCCUCAUAAUCCUGGUAGCCAUUGGCUUCAAGACUAAGCUGGCUGCACUGACCCUUGUAAUAUGGCUUCUUGCCAUCAACGUCUACUUCAAUGCCUUCUGGACUGUGCCCGCCUACAAGCCAAUGCAUGACUUCCUGAAGUACGACUUCUUCCAGACCACUUCUGUCAUUGGAGGGCUGCUGUUGGUUGUAGCACUUGGGCCCGGUGGGGUGUCCAUGGAUGAAAAAAAGAAAGAGUGGUAGAGGGAUGGGGAUUCACUCAGUGCUCAUCCCAGGACAUACGAGGACCCCAAGGUACAUGUCAUUUUCUGGCCAACCGAAUCCACAGUAGCCUCCCCCCCGACAUUCUAUUGCUUGUCCUUUAUUAUUACUAAAUCUUCCUUCAAAUUAAUUUUUCCAGCUGCUUUCUGUUUUUACUGGACCUUUUUUAUUUAUGUCCCGUUUUAUUUUGGUGACAAAAAACAACCUGGCAGAUUUUGAAUAAACUUUAAAAUACAAGGUAACCGAUUUGUAACAGAUGGAGUUAGUGUGUAUUUGUUGUGUUGCGGAAGGUAUAUAACAAUGUAUUUAUGGAUGUUUCCAAAACCUUUUUUUUUUUUAUAGCCAAAUGCCUGGCAAAGGGGUAAGUGUAUAGGUUUGGUUGCCAACGAAGACCCCAAUGUUGUCCUGCUCUUGUUUUUGGACUAUCAGUGACUGCUCAUUAUAUCAAUACUGAGACCUCAGGCACAGAAUACGAUUCUCUCACAGAGAACCAUACAAUUCUCUCACUCACUAGGUUACCAUCUGAUCUUAUUUUCAUAAGUCCCCGCCCUCAUCCAUUGACACAUCCAGACCCCUGGCUUGGUGAUUAAUGGAUUGUAUUUAGGGAUGCAUUUUGGGGAAUGUGUGCAUUGUAUACUACUAUUCAAAAUGGUUGGUUGAAUAUUGAACACGAUUGUUGUUGGCACCAGAACUCUUUGGGCACUACGUUUUGGGCAAAUGCCCUAACUAGUAACUGUAUUUUAACAGGGCAAUAGGGAGAGCUUGACAAUUGUGAAACAAUAUUCUGCAAUCUAGAGAAGCAAGCACAACUGUUCAGUGAGUCAGAGGUCACAGACUUUGCUCUGUUUUUGCUCUAUACUGUAUAAGAAAAUAAUUAGUUUAUUGAUUUUCAGGAGUUUAUAUUUUUUGUUUUGUUUUCUGAGAUCAUUGAGAAGAAAUAAAAAUGCAAAAUUAUA